CGAUCGGCCAGCUCCAGUCCACCUUCUAGCUAGCCACGACACAGCACCACCGUCGACGAUGGCCUCCCUCACCGUCUCGAAGGCGACACCGGCGGCGGCUGGCAACACCACCGCCAACAAGGAGCGGGAGGGCGCGGAGAUCGUCACCGGCGCGGAGGCGUGCUACGCGCACUCCAAGGAGAUGCUCAAGGGGCUGGGGUUCCCGGGCGGCGUGAUGCCGAUGCGCGGGCUGGAGGAGUGCGGGCUGGUGCGGGAGACCGGCUACGUGUGGAUGCGGCAGGAGAAGGGGAAGGCCUACGAGCACUACUUCCGCGGCACGGGCACCCGGGUGCGCUACGACGCCGAGGUGACGGCGUACGUGGAGGAAGGGCGCAUGAAGCGGAUGACCGGGGUCCGGAGCAAGCAGAUGCUGAUGUGGGUGCCCAUCGUCGAGAUGAGCCUCGUCGACGGCGGCGAGAGGGUCUACUUCAAGUCCAGCGUCGGCAUCGGCCGCUCCUUCCCCGCCGCCGCCUUCGCUGACGAGGACGAGGACGCCGCCGUCGACGAAAAAGCCGCGCCGGUGGCCGCGCCCGUGCCCGCGCCGGAGGCUGCUGACGCCAACGACGAAAAGUGA